AUGUACGCCUACCUCGGUCUCGUCUUCACCCUCACCCCGGUCUUCAUGCUCCUCCUCAUCAUGAUCAUCGGUCGCAUCUUAAACCGCAAGCGAUUCUCGCAUGCCGAUACCUACGAUCUCGAAGCCCGUUCUUCUGCUUCCGAGAAAGAAGAUGAGGUCACUUCUAAUAGUAGAUUUACUACUACUACCAUUUCCACAAUGGCACCUUUGAGACCUGCGAGAGCGGUGCUUGCGCCUGAAAGGAUUCAAUAG